CUUUGGCACUGCACAAUCAAUAUGAAUAGCAAUUUCAACCACUAUGCAUGUUUGCUCAACAUCAUACCAUAAAGCAAAACUAGAAGAAUAAUUGAGUUGUGCAAUCAGUAAACAAGAGCUAAAGCAGCUUGUCAUGCUACUAUUGAUAGGAGGUGCACGGGUUUUUUGGAUUUUGCCUCCUUAGUUAUGUCAAUGCUUAAGUUUUAUAGGGGACAAAGUGAGUUGCCAACAUUUUCUUAAGGCUAUACCAAUGUUGGUCUUUGACAUAUGGUUGUUUUGCUUGAUGCAGGAAAGUGGCAAAGAAACAAAUAUGUGGGUGUGUCCCUUGUUGGGAAAACGCUUGCCAUUAUGGGUUUUGGAAAGGUUGGAUCAGAAGUCGCACGUCGUGCCAAAGGUCUUGGUAUGCAUGUGAUUGCACAUGACCCUUGCCCCGCAGAUCAAGCACGCGCGGUGGGGGUGGAACUUGUGGGCUUUGAUGAAGCCAUAGCAACUGCAGAUUUCAUUUCAUUACACAUGCCCCUGACACCUGCUACAUCAAAGGUUCUCAAUGAUGAGACUUUUGCAAAGAUGAAGAAAGGAGUUCGAAUUGUCAAUGUUGCUUGUGGAGGAGUGAUUGAUGAAGAAGCUCUUGUGAGGGCAUUGGAUGCUGGAAUUGUUGCUCAGGCGGCACUUGAUGUCUUCACAGAGGAACCACCAGCGAAGGACAGUGAGUUGGUACAACACGAGAGAGUCAUGGUGACCCCACACCUUGGAGCCAGUACCACAGAAGCACAGGAAGGAGUGGCUAUUGAAAUUGCUGAAGCUAUCAUUGGAGCUCUAAAAGGAGAGUUGGCUGCUACUGCUGUCAAUGCGCCGAUGGUUCCUGCUGAGGUUCUUACAGAGCUGAAACCAUUUGUUGUACUUGCUGAGAAGCUUGGGAGACUGGCCGUUCAAUUAGUUGUGGGUGGGAGUGGUGUAAAAACCAUAAAAGUGACAUAUGCUUCUGCAAGAGCACCUGAUGAUCUCGACACUAGACUACUCCGUGCUAUGAUUACUAAGGGUAUAAUUGAACCCAUAUCCGAUGUCUUUGUGAACUUGGUCAAUGCAGAUUUUACUGCUAAGCAGAGAGGACUGAGAAUAACAGAGGAGCGGGUCAUCUUAGAUGGUUCACCAGAGAGUCCUCUUGAGUAUGUCCAGGUUCAGAUUGCAAAUGUGGAAUCAAGAUUUGCCAGCGCCAUUUCAGAUUCUGGGGAGAUCACGGUUGAGGGGGUGAAGGAUGGGAUCCCACAUCUCACAAAGGUGGGAUCUUUCGAAGUGGAUGUGAGCUUGGAGGGAAGCAUCAUAUUGUGCAGGCAAGUUGAUCAGCCAGGUAUGAUUGGCACAGUAGGAAGCAUUUUGGGAGAAGAGAAUGUCAAUGUCAGUUUCAUGAGCAUUGGUAGGAUUGCACCGCGAAAGCAAGCCAUGAUGGCAAUUGGAGUUGAUGACCAGCCCAGCAAGGAGACUCUGAAGAGGAUCGGGGACAUCUCUGCAAUUGAGGAGUUCGUUUUCCUCAAGUUGUAAUGUGGGUGUGAGUUAUGGUACUACAUAUGUAUGUCUUUCAUCAUUCAUAGCCGCUGAGCAUGAUUUGCAAGUCUUGCUCUGCGAUUUUGGCUGUGACGUUCGUGUUUUGUAGUAGUAUUGAGCUAGAGCGGAACGAUAAUCAAGUGGUGCUGAGAGGA